GCGAUAUUACAUUUAUUGUCAGCUUUACAUAUAUUAUUAGGUUAAGUGUUUUGCAUACAACUUGUAACUUGGAUUUCAUCUGUGUUAAUUAUGGGAGCGUUAAGGCGGAAAACUGCUCUCUUUGGUUUUUUAUUGGUUGUUAGUUCUGUGACAGUGCUUAAGUUGACAGAUAUGAAUAGACGUGUGAUUCAAACAAUGCAAACGUUUUCACCAAGUACACAAAGCGCUCCGGAAAUCAUUUUAUUUGUUGAACUGAACAUGUCUGUUUUCCAAACAACAUAUUCUGUUGUUGCUGAAGAUUUUCUUGCACCCACUGAUGCGAUAAGACCACUCAUUCCACACAUCAUACACCAGACGUUUGAGACGGUCAUGAUUCCCUCUAAAUUGGAGAGUCAUAUUCGCACAGUUGUCAACAUGAACGCCAACUGGACAUACCAUUUUUGGACAGAUAACGCAGGAAGAAAUCUAGUGAAGGAGAGACAUCCAAAUUUACUUCCCAUUUGGGAUAAAUACAAGAGAAACAUAAUGCGUGCUGACGCGUUACGCUACGUUGUGUUGUAUGAAUUUGGUGGUGCGUAUUUGGACCUUGACGUCGUGGCAUACCGCUCGUUUAACCGGAUAACAUACAAGUACGGAUGUAUUAUCCCACCAGAGCCAAUAGAACACAGUGCAUUGUUGUACAACAUGACCGUGCUGUUGAACAAUGCAAUUAUGUUUUGUCAAGCAAAACAUCCGAUAAUGAGGGCACUAUUGAAUGGACUAGAAGGUACAAUGAACCAUAAAGAUGUAAUGUAUGCAACAGGUCCGAUAUUUCUGACUAGCAACUUUAAGUCUUACGUGAAAGAAUGUUUAUUGAAUAAAUCUGUCAUCAUUAACAAUGACAACAGCGGGACUACCGUGUCAUAUGUAUCAGGGGAAGCCUAUAUACACGACAUACACGUCGCAAAUGUUGCAUUCUUUAAUGAUGAAAUUGACUACAAUUCGCAGGAAAAGAAAUUUCAUACAACUUGUAAAAAUGUCUCCGAUUCCUCGGAUAUUGUUCGACAAGCUUGUGGCCAUUUUCUCAACAAGGCGGUGAAAAGACAAAUUAGCCCUCUGGCAUUUACAGGACAUAAAUGGGUUCAUUUGUGGCUCCGGAGUAAAGCGGAAAUUCAAAAGAAAUUAAACAAGAAUAUUUCUGAAAUACUCUCAGGAAAAACAAUUACGAUAUUUUAAAGCCUGUACAACUUUGAAAUUUGACCUUUUUUGUCGCUUUGAUGUUCUGUUUUGAAAUCGAAACUAAUGUAUUUUAAACGUUAAUGCCUUUUUAGCAUCGAUUCAGAUUUCAAAAUAUAGCAUUAACUUGAAAAACGGUGAAAAUUCAUGUAUGUCCUCAGUGUCAGAAAGACUCAAAAGCGCAAGAUAUAAAAUAAAAACUAAUAUUGAUCAAGAACGGUUUCAACCGUAAAAACCCAGCAUAUUAAAUUUAACUAAUUUUGAGAAAAUUUAAUAAUUAUCAAGGGAGGGAACUCUUUCUCAGCGCCGAAUGUUUAAUUGUCCGCCCUUCUUUAUUUUGGCGCCUUUCUCACUUGUUCUCUAGUUUUAAUCUGGUUCGGACGUGUGUUUUCUUAACGACUCAAAUUCGCUCAUUUCUGUUAUUUUGUGUAUUUUAUUCAUUGCAAGACUGUCCUGUAAAUAUUGAAACACUUUGUUUAUAUGCCCAUUUUUUAAGCCGUAGCAUGAAAUCUCUCCAAAGUAUUAAAAACUUUAUUAACGGGGCUCGUAUUUACCAUGUCUUGCGAGGAGAAGUUUUCCCUGAUAUUUCCAACAUUUCUUUGCAACUCACUUACAGAGGGCUAGGAAAGUUACUAUUUCAUUCCCCAAAGCAGGCUCCGCCCAUAACGCCAGAUAUAUUGAAGCAAAUUUAUGUUGUUCUAGAUUUUGCUAUUCCAUUUCAUGCUACGAUAUGGUGCUUAUUUUUGUUUGCAUUUUACAUGAUGUGCAGGAAAUCAAGCAUAGUUCCUGAUUCUAGUGUUAUGUUUGAUAAGUCUAAAUACCUGUGUAGAAACGAUGUGUCAGUGACAGAUUUUGGCAUUGUUGUUUUACUUAAGUAUGCUAAAACUAAUCAAUUCGGGGACAAAAACGUAGUUAUUCCGUUGUGUAAAAAUGACUCUUCUUCUUUAUGUCCAGUAAAAGCGUUUCAAAACAUGUGUAGGUUAGUUCCCUUGGCACCCUCAGAACCGUUGUUUGGUACAGUUUCCGUUGGGGAGGUGAUCCCACUUGACGCGAGCUGCGUUGAUCGUAUGUUUCGACGUAUUAUGACGCAACUUCCGAUUGCUCACGCUCACGAAUACACCAUGCACUCCUUCAGACGCGGAGGAGCUUCCUUCUAUUUUAAAUGCGGUGUGCCGGGGGAACUUAUUCAAUUGUUUGGUAACUGGAAAUACGACUGUUACCUACGCUACCUUAGAUUUUCAUUUUCUAGCAUGACUGACGCGGCACGGCUUGUCGCUUUGGCUUCCUAAUUUAGAUUCUGGUAUUUAAGUUCAGGUUUUGGCCGUUUUUGGGAGGAUUUUUGGGUGUGUUGACAAAACUUUAUAUCUAUGUUAUUUUCAUUUACAAUCUAGCAGCCCAUUACUUCGGCCAACUUAAAUUUAUAUUUUACAUUUGUCUUUGUUUUUCCUGAGCGCAAUAAUUUAACUAAUUUUGAGAAAAUUUAAUAAUUAUCAAGGGAUGGAACUCUUUCUCAGCGCCGAAUGUUUAAUUGUCCGCCCUUCUUUAUUUUGGCGCCUUUCUCACUUGUUCUCUAGUUUUAAUCCGGUUCGGACGUGUGUUUUCUGCCUCCCUCCCGCCCGAUUCUUUUAUUUCUUUUUGUCGAACAAGUUCUCAAUUUUAUCUUUGCUUACAUAGUUACCCCUUUUCUUCCCUCUUUUAUUUAAGGACAUUGAAUAUUAUAUUAUGUUUUUUUCACUUUAUUAUGCUUUCUGAUGUAGUGUAUCCUUGCAUUGAGGAUUUUUGGCUGCUUUUGACAAAUUUUUAUAUCUAUGUUAAUUUCAUUUACAAUCUAGCAGCCCAUUAUUUCGGCCAAAUUAAAUUUAUAUUUUACAUUUGUCUUUGUUUUUCCUGAGCGCAAUAAUUAUAUUAAAAGAAAUGUUUUACUAUAUUGUACAUACUUUUUUAUAGUUUCUAACAUACAAAAGUUAUAUGACAAUGACUGGGGCUGAAUCUCAAACAUUGACGACGUAUGGCUUGUAAGUAAUAUGUUCAUGUAUUUUAAGCUUUAUUAAUAAACGUCCAAGGAUA